CGUAUCAGAUUGAUGAUGUUGGCUGCUUGAACCUCUUCUCUUUGAGGACGAGUGAAGGAGAAAAGGGGACUCCCCGGGUGAAUAUAAGGAAAUGUACGUAUGAAAACCUGUUACGGUAAUUGAGCCAUUGGAAAUUUUUUGAAAAGUUUUCGCCCACCUUGUUCAAUUGUCGUGCACCUGCACUAGCUCUAGUUAAAACCAGUUCAGAAUAGAAACGAUGUCGGAGACCGAAAUCAACGACAGGUACGAGUGAAGAAUGAGGCCACCGUCUUUACUAUUCGCCUUACGGAGAUCCCUAAUGCGGUUGUCCCGUAGGACAAGUAUAUCCAUUCGCGUAUAUUCACUUCGGGACGAUUGUGUUUUCGCUCUUUUCACAAAUCAGUAAAUUGGUGAGCAUUUUUACGUUGUCUCACAUUAUCGUUCAUUCGUAACAGGAACCCUGUCCAUACGGGCAACUUCUGUGAGGUGCGUGACACCCGAAUGCUCCUCAAACCUACGAUGGCGACAAAUGUUUUUGAAAGCAGAAGCAACGAUGACCUAGUAAUAACCUAUAGACUAGUGUGAACACAUAACAAAAGGGAAAACAAAAACUGGAAAAUGAGUGCUCAUUUUCGUUUUCCAGUUUCUCCGGUUGCAAAUGUAUGCGCCUGAAAGAUAUAAAGAAGAUGAGAGCCACAAGACAAAUUCAGUUUUCCCCUGAACCUCCUCGUUGAAACUACUAGUUUUCAUUUCUACUCAAUUUACACAGUGGCAAAGUGUCGGAAUUCAAUUGCCAUCGACUUACGUAUAGGCUUGUGUGUUCCGUGCAAGAUGGAGUGCGUUCCAUUAAGUCUGUUGGCAGCUUUGCUGUUAUCAAUUGCAGUUUCCUCUAGUGCCAAGCAGCAGAGUUUCUUACCAGGAAACAGUACACUAUCGUCGGUGGCACCCAAAAUUACCAGCAAGACUUUAUUAUUGUCUCCGGAACUGUUUCAACAUAAGAAGAUAACGGACAGAUCCUUCAAAAGCAACGACAUCGACGAGGAACCGAACACAUUCAAUCGACUGAGAAAGAAAAUGAAAAAGUGGUUGAAAAAAGAAGAGGAAAAGGAAGUGCAAAAUUUGGUAGUUAUACCCCGUGACCCUACACCCAUGAUCGAUCAGUCAUUCCCCACAUCAGGAUCGAUCCCGGAAGACGGAUGCGACUCCACUUCCGUGCGGUUCGACGACGGAAACUGCUAUCCACUGAUGGGAAGGAAACCUUGCGGUGACCCUACACUCUACGUCACUGUCGAUCCUUAUACAUUCAAGGGACGAUGCACUAAGCGCCGUUGCGGAAGAGAAAGGGUCUAUGUCCCUCGUACGGGACUUUGUCACGACAUUUACGACGAAUCCGAGUGCACGGGAGGCCGGCGACUUUACUAUUCACCUUAUGGAGAUGCUGUAUGCGAUUGUCCCAUUGGAGAGUAUCCAUUCCCGUACCCUCGGAGUGAUUGUGUUGCGCUUUUUACCCAAGGACCGUGUCCCUACGGGCAAGUGGUAGCCAUCAAUUCCGAUGAAUCCUUGAGUUGCAUGAAAUCCAAAUGCCCUGCAAUUUACGAGAGUGACGAAUAUUCUUCCGAUUAUUGGAAGCAGAAGCAGAAGCAGCUGGUGCCGACCAGCGACGGGAGGUGUCAUGAACUCGGAACCACUGGCCGUUGUUCGAAUUACGACUACACAUAUUCGCUGUUGGGUCUCGACAUUUUGAAGAACGAAUUGGAAUGCGUCGACGUCACCGAUCCUUCGUCGCCCUAUUUCUCUUCCCAAGAAGAAAACGAUAUCCUUGACAGCAUUUUCAACGAGUUCUAUACAGAGUACAACCUCUUCCCCGUCUAUGUAGCCUACCUCAGUGUCAAACAGGAACAUGAAGCCAAGUACGGUAAGAAGAAGGGCCCGAAAGAAACGUAUGAGAGAAGACAAUCACCUACGGUAAUUGUGGCACCUUCCAACCCGAGUUGUCGGCCUGGGAGUGGACAAGGAAAAUGCAGCUCUACAUUAGUACCCCAAAACCAGAACCGUCCAAAUAGAGGACCAGCACCGGCAAGAUUCUGAAAUUUUGAACUGGUUCAACUCUCGUACGUUGGUGAGUGUACUCGUGCUCAUUAGCUUGCCAAAUUAUUGGACGCCACAGGAUGGAACUGUCCAAAUAUUUGCUAAAUCAAUUUGUUUUUCUUGUUCUG